AUGGAGUUGACGAUGAAACACAAAAAAUUUUCAGCGAUUUGUUUAGCAGAAUCUGAAGACAGAAAAAGUGCUUUUAAACAAGAUUAUUUUCAGGAUUUGAAAACUGGGAAACCACUUUCUAAUUGGACAUGCGCAAAUAUCCAGAAUGAGCUUCAACAGAUGGAAAAAUUUGGAGAAAUUGCUUCCUGCUCUGAGCUAGUAAACUCGUUGCGGAGUUCGUUGAUGCCAACGCUUCUGCAAGGAUGGCCGGGUGUUUUGGGGCUGUGUGCUGCCGGUACAACUUUACAGCCAACUUCGUCGGAUGCGCCUAAAAGGGCCCGGUCGCAAGCAUCUGAAUCAACCAGUGGUUGUGAAGCAUCUCCAGCUGACGACAAAUUGCUGGACGGGUCUAUUAGAGAGCCAAACGAAUUCAAAAAAGCGCUUAGCGACGACAUCAAAGCAAGCGUUGUUGAUGAGAGGAUUGCUAAAUUUGAAGCCACGUCCGAUUGUUUGUCACCGGAUCCCAAGGCGAAAAACCUGCUUCAACAGCCUGCGAAAAACAAUGGGAAACGCCGAGUGCAAUGUAUUAAGUGUCUGAAAACUUUUUGCGAUAAAGGAGCCUUAAAAAUACAUAACAGUGCUGUACAUCUCAAAGAAAUGCACAAAUGCACAGUCGAUGGUUGUGAGAUGAUGUUUUCAUCUAGAAGAAGCAGGAAUCGUCAUUCGGCCAACCCGAAUCCAAAGCUGCAUACUUCUGCUCCACAACGGCAAUUUGAUGGCUUUUCAACUGAUGCUGCGCACGAUGCUUUACAGUCUUCAAAGACGGAUAGUCUCUCCUUUUUACCAUGUUCAUCGGAGGUAAUCAGUGUUAAUGUACACUCGCCUAUCUCACAAACGGGUAGUGAAAAUUCAGUUAUUGCACCAACGUCAUUUGGAUCUAAUGUGAGCGAAAAAAGUACCCCAGUAAGUAGUGGGACAAGAAAACGAAAAAGCGAAAGGCCCGUAAAACUAGCUGUUGAGGAAGAUGUUAAGCAGGCUCGGAAGAAUGUAGAACGUUCUGAUCUUGGCGAAGCCUCUACUCCAUUAGAUCUUACUAAUGGCAAAAAUGAACCAAAACCUUUCACUGUGGCCGGAUCGACUAAAACUAGUUCCUUGCCAUCUAAAUUGUUCACGUCGUUGGCACCUUCAACAGCCCUUCCGACUGCAGCACUGAUGUCACCAGCAUUUAGUGAAGUUUUUCGGUUACUGCAGGCUCAGAUGUCAGUUGGUCCCAAUCCAUGCACCAAUAACAAUUUUAUUCAAUUUAUGCAAGAGCAUCAAAAUGCUGGCAUUUAA